UCUUUCAUCCGUUUUCAGACUCACGUGAACUUGACAGCGACUGGGUGGCAGUUUUGUGUGAAAUGCACCUGCGUGAAGAUCGAAUGAAAGCGGAUUUACGAUCUGAGAAGGAGCAUCAGCUCUGUCUGCACAUGUGGAGAAUCCGCCGCUGCUUCAUGUCAUUUUGUCUUCAUCUGAAAUUAUUGGUUUUCUAAAGGACUUUUUUUUAAACCUGCCGAUGUUUGGAUGCAACGCGUCCACUGUCCGUGCAAGAGCCAGGCUAAAGCCUAUAUAAACAGCACAGAAAGCAACAGGAUCCAUUUCCAGCUCGUCUGUGAGAUUAUUGCAGGUUUUUGCCGGUGGUGAAUAAAAGCCUGAUCGGAAAGAGAUGGCGUGAUAUCCCUGUUUUUCUCGCAGUGGGACGGUAUUAAGGCUGAGGUGGGCGGACCCUGGCAUAGCACCAGCUUUUUUAAGAAGAUUUACUAUUCAUUCUGCUUCGCUUUACAACCAGGAACGGACAUCAUACCCAUUCUUAAGAUCGUCGUGUUUUUUCACUCACUAAAAUCAACAUCUUGUGAAGAUGAUGGCCGAAGCUGCAGAUGUAAACAGGUUGUCCAUCGCUGCUGCGAGAGGAGACCUGGCACUGACUAAACUGAUACUACAGAACAACAUUGACGUUAAUGCCAAAAACCAAUUUGGCAGGACACCACUUCAGGUGGUGAAGCUCGGAUGUCCCGCUGUAGCAGAAGCCCUGCUGCAUGCCGGCGCAGACCCGAACGUGCGCGACCCGGUCAAAGGACUGACGGUGACGCACGACGCAGCGCGUGACGGUUUUGUGGACAUGCUGGAGAUGCUCGUGCAGUACGGUGCUGAUGUUAAUGUUCGGGAUUCUGACGGGAAUCUACCCCUGCAUCUGGCGGCGCGUGACGGGCAGAGGGAAGCAGUGGAAUAUCUCACCCGGUUCACUGAUCAGCCCUCCUUACCCGACCACAGUGCCCUCACAAACCCGCAACACGCAUCUGUACACGGCCAAGAUACCACUGAAAAGUAGCUGCAUACAUACAUACAUACAUACUCAUUACAAUCAGUGAUGUGUGCUCUGCAGAGGUAGACUAGUAAAUAUGCUGAAUGCGCGGUAUAAAAGAAUUCAGUUCUAUAGAUAUAUUCAGCUAACUACCUCUUUUUAUAUUGUGAAGUCUGAGCUAAACAGCGUGUAGGCUAUUGCUUAACGUCUUUUUCCAAGCCUGCCUGCCUUAUGUUUUGUUACUUCUGAUAAUUCACCCAUUGAUUUAUUGUAGCAUGAUGGGUUUGAUCGUCAGAAAUAU